UUACGCUAAAGCUUCCGGCCCACCAUCUUUGUCCCUGGCAAAUUAGGUUUUGCGCAGUGGUUUAGAUCUAGAGAGAAUCGUGACGGGCAGGGAACCAUUACACCACCACCCCGGCUGUGCUCUCCGGCUGCCGCCGCCACCCCGCCCUUGCCUCCGGUACACGCUGAAGAUCCAGAAUCAUGACUGACUCCAAGUACUUCACAACCAAUAAGAAGGGAGAAAUCUUUGAAUUAAAAGCUGAACUCAACAAUGAAAAGAAAGAAAAGAGGAAGGAGGCUGUGAAGAAAGUGAUUGCUGCUAUGACCGUGGGAAAGGAUGUUAGCUCGCUCUUCCCAGAUGUGGUGAACUGUAUGCAGACUGACAACCUGGAACUCAAGAAGCUCGUGUACCUCUACCUGAUGAACUAUGCCAAGAGUCAGCCAGACAUGGCCAUCAUGGCUGUCAACAGCUUCGUGAAGGACUGUGAAGAUCCUAAUCCUUUGAUACGAGCCUUAGCAGUUAGAACCAUGGGGUGCAUCCGGGUGGACAAGAUUACAGAAUAUCUCUGUGAACCCCUCCGCAAGUGUUUGAAGGAUGAAGACCCCUAUGUUCGGAAAACUGCAGCAGUCUGUGUGGCAAAACUCCAUGAUAUCAAUGCCCAGAUGGUGGAAGAUCAGGGAUUUCUGGAUUCUCUACGGGAUCUCAUAGCAGAUUCAAACCCAAUGGUGGUGGCUAAUGCUGUAGCAGCGCUCUCUGAGAUCAGUGAGUCUCACCCAAACAGCAACCUUCUUGAUCUAAACCCUCAGAAUAUCAACAAACUGCUCACAGCUCUGAACGAGUGCACUGAAUGGGGACAGAUUUUCAUCCUGGACUGCCUGUCUAAUUACAACCCUAAAGACGACCGGGAGGCUCAGAGCAUCUGUGAGCGAGUAACGCCUCGGUUAUCCCAUGCCAACUCUGCAGUAGUGCUCUCAGCGGUGAAAGUCCUAAUGAAAUUUUUAGAAUUGUUACCCAAGGACUCUGACUACUACAAUAUGCUGCUUAAGAAGUUAGCGCCUCCACUUGUCACUCUGCUGUCUGGGGAGCCCGAAGUGCAGUAUGUCGCCCUGAGGAACAUCAACCUAAUUGUCCAGAAAAGGCCUGAAAUCUUGAAGCAGGAAAUCAAAGUCUUCUUUGUGAAGUACAAUGAUCCUAUCUAUGUUAAACUAGAGAAGCUGGACAUCAUGAUUCGUCUUGCAUCCCAAGCCAACAUUGCUCAGGUUCUGGCAGAGCUGAAGGAAUACGCCACUGAGGUUGAUGUAGAUUUUGUUCGCAAAGCUGUGAGGGCCAUUGGACGGUGUGCCAUCAAAGUGGAGCAAUCAGCAGAACGUUGUGUAAGCACACUGCUUGAUCUAAUCCAGACCAAAGUAAACUAUGUGGUCCAAGAGGCAAUUGUUGUCAUCAGGGACAUCUUCCGCAAAUACCCUAACAAGUAUGAAAGUAUUAUUGCCACUCUCUGUGAGAACUUGGACUCCCUGGAUGAGCCUGAUGCUCGAGCAGCUAUGAUCUGGAUUGUAGGAGAAUAUGCUGAAAGAAUCGAUAAUGCGGAUGAAUUACUAGAGAGCUUCCUGGAGGGUUUUCAUGAUGAAAGCACCCAGGUGCAGCUCACUCUGCUUACUGCCAUAGUGAAGCUGUUUCUCAAGAAGCCGUCAGAAACACAGGAGCUGGUCCAACAGGUCUUGAGCUUGGCCACACAGGAUUCUGAUAAUCCUGACCUUCGAGAUCGGGGUUAUAUUUAUUGGCGCCUCCUUUCAACUGACCCUGUGACAGCCAAAGAAGUAGUGUUGUCCGAGAAGCCAUUGAUCUCUGAGGAGACAGAUCUGAUUGAGCCUACCCUUCUGGAUGAGCUCAUCUGCCACAUUGGUUCCUUGGCCUCUGUGUACCACAAACCUCCAAAUGCUUUUGUGGAAGGGAGUCAUGGGAUUCAUCGCAAACACUUGCCAAUCCAUCACGGGAGCGCUGACGCAGGUGAUAGUCCUAUUGGCACCACCACUGCAACCAACCUGGAACAGCCUCAGGUCAUCCCCUCUCAAGGUGACCUUCUGGGGGAUCUUUUAAAUCUUGACCUGGGUCCCCCAGUGAACGUGCCGCAGGUGUCCUCCAUGCAGAUGGGAGCAGUGGACCUUUUGGGAGGAGGACUGGACAGCUUGCUUGGCAGUGACCUUGGCGGGGGCAUUGGAGGAAGCCCGGCAGUAGGACAAUCCUUCAUCCCGUCAUCAGUGCCUGCAACCUUCGCUCCUUCACCUACUCCUGCUGUGGUCAGCAGCGGUCUGAAUGACCUGUUUGAGCUUUCCACUGGGAUAGGCAUGGCACCGGGUGGAUACGUGGCUCCUAAGGCGGUCUGGCUACCUGCGGUAAAGGCUAAAGGUUUGGAGAUCUCGGGGACGUUCACUCACCGCCAGGGGCACAUCUAUAUGGAAAUGAACUUUACCAACAAAGCUCUGCAGCACAUGACAGACUUUGCCAUCCAGUUCAACAAGAACAGCUUUGGUGUCAUCCCAAGCACUCCCCUGGCCAUACAUACUCCACUGAUGCCAAACCAGAGUAUUGAUGUCUCGCUGCCUCUCAACACCUUGGGCCCCGUCAUGAAGAUGGAACCUCUGAAUAACUUGCAGGUGGCUGUUAAAAACAAUAUUGAUGUCUUCUACUUCAGCUGCCUCAUCCCACUCAAUGUGCUUUUUGUAGAAGAUGGCAAAAUGGAGCGCCAGGUCUUCCUUGCAACGUGGAAGGAUAUUCCCAAUGAAAAUGAACUCCAGUUUCAGAUUAAGGAAUGUCAUUUAAAUGCUGACACAGUUUCCAGCAAGUUGCAAAACAACAAUGUUUACACUAUUGCCAAGAGGAAUGUGGAAGGACAAGACAUGCUGUACCAGUCCCUGAAGCUCACUAAUGGCAUUUGGAUUUUGGCCGAGCUACGGAUCCAGCCAGGAAACCCCAAUUAUACGCUGUCGCUGAAGUGCAGAGCCCCCGAAGUCUCUCAGUACAUCUAUCAGGUCUACGACAGCAUUUUGAAAAACUAAUAAAUGGGUCCUGUGCCCUCCAGUCACCCUGUUAUCGGUGCAAGCCAAGAACUCUAAACUGGAAGAAAUCGUACUGCUGUGUAGAGCCUGACCCCAAACCCUGCGGCACGCACCCCGGUAGUGACCAGUCGUCCUGUGCUGACUUCAGCAUUCACCCUGUUGGAUAGGUUAGCUUCUUGUGACAUCUGUAACCACUGCUUCCAUCAUUCCCAACCUCUGCCACCCGCUGCCGCUCUCUGUCCUUACUAGUGAGCUUCUCCAUGCUGUGCCAAUGGCUAGCUUUUUCUACACCCUCUUUUGAGUGUAGUUUGAUAUUUUGUAAUCGAAAGCUCAUUUCACAAGCAGAAAAAGCCAACAAAUUAAAGCAAGGAAAAGUGUCACUGAAACAUAAACUGCACCUUAUUGUUUUAUAUUUUUGUACAGAUGAGAAACUGAGAACAUUGAGUAGGAAGGGCAACUGACCAUCAUCAAACACAGUCUUAGAGGAGAUGCAGGAUUGGCUCCUGGCCCCUUCUGGGGCAGGGAGGGGGUUUCUCUUGUCUGUGGCAACCCCACUCCUGGUCAUUUACAUCUUUGCUUUUCCCCUCUAUCUUAAUUCUUUCCUUGGCCUUCAAGCUCCUUAUGACCCAUGCCAUCUUAUUUAAUGACUCCAUGCUUGGCAGUGGUGGUCUUCAGUGACGUUUCAGAGUACAAGGACACUCACCAGGGACAGCGCUGAGAGGUGGUAGAGCUAUGCUCCUUUCCACUGUGGUACCCCAGUAAUCAUACUGACUAAGGAGGCUGAGUAGAGAUGAAUAAGCACAGCGCCCUCCCCUAGCCUUCUUUCCUGUAUUUUUCAGGGCUGGUUCAGAUCUAAAAAUCAAUGUUUAAGAGUGAAAAUGGACUUUAAUGACUUGUCCAACCCUGUUUUUCUACAAAGAAAGGUAACAGGCAAAAUUUAUUAUUGCUGAGGCCUCUUGGAUCUUGCAUAGCAGAACUUAGGCUGGUUCCCUGAAGCUCCAUCAGCUUCCCUGUGUGGCUGGCUCACUAUUGUUCCUUUCCUCAAAGCCUUCUGCCUUUCCUGUGCCUGCCUGUGGCCCUUUGCACACUCCAUACUGAGUUUGGUGUUCCACUCAUUCAUUGAUGUCAGGUGGCAGUUGACCUCUUCUCGGGUACCUGAAUGUACAUCCAGGUAACGAGUGAAAGCAGCACUGACAUUUGCCAGGCUUUCCUAGAGGCCCAGUUCUGGAGGCCAGGGAGUGGAGAAGUGUGUGGAGAAGUUGCCAGUUCUCAUUGCCCCUCAGCUGUCUCCUCUUCAGCCAUGGUACUGAAGCUCCAAAGCAGAGUAAGAUUGUCCCAGGCCUUGUAGUUCUUGUCAUCUCUCAAAGGGCCGUGGAUAUGAGGUCCCCUCCCUGACACAUUGGUCUGACUCAUCAAAGAAUGCCUCAUACUCACCACCGUUCUCGGUACUGUUGACUAUGCCACACCGAGAUGUGGCACUUGCUGCACAGCCUGGCACCUGGUAUUCGGAGGCCACUCGGAGUCCCCUGCUCAAGGCAGAAGCAUGCCACGGUCCAAAGACCUCAUUCUGGACUCAGACCUGACCCACUGGAUCCAGAGGAAGAGAUUGUGGAAAAUGAGAGUAGAAACCAACUUCCUUAAACAGUGUGUCUGGAGUGACCCUGUUUUCUCCCAGUUGCAAAGCUUCUCUCAAGUUCCUUAAGCCUGGAGAAUCUUUAGCAGGAUUGUUGGCUGGUGAAAAGGAAAUACAUCCCUCCCUCACCAUGUGGGGAAUAGGAAAUACUGCAGGAUUGUGUGGGAGGCAGGUAGGUUGGUGAUAUGUUGGGUGGAAAAAGCAAGUUGACAAGGUUCCCUUGUUGAGACUCAUUCAUGGAGUCAGCUAGAUAGAAGUAGUGUAAGGGGUUCGCACUACAGACAACAGUGUUCUCAUCUCAGAGUGAACUGUAGUUCCUGAAAGAGUAUGUGUGAGGGCAAGCAGAGAAUAAUUUUAUACCAGGAUGUUCCCACCCCAGAAACUGAGGCCUUUCUCAGCUCUCCACCAGUGACAGAUAACAGCUAUGGUUCUCUGCUGGCCUGAGCCGGUCAGUGAUGUUGGACCCCUUGGGGAGCCCGCCUCUCAUUUCACCUCACCCGAGGCAGAGUUCAGAAUAUCGGAUGGUGCUUCACAUGCAAGGACCUUUCCUAAAGAGACAGGCUGUUGCCUUUGCCACAGCUUCCCUUCAGGCCCCUUUUGAGCUUAGCCAGAGUGAGAGAACUGGGGUCAGGUUACCCUGUAUCCGCUCUCCUUGGCCUAAGUGUGCCUCUCAUGCAAACUGGACAGGGAAGCAAACACACCAGAGCUCUUUCUGAUCAGAUUCCCUGAGGGUUUGUCCCCAGCCAAGCCUGGUCCAUGUGUCUGUGUUGGAUGCUUGGGAUGCUAGAGCCAGGUGUGGGAGGGUCAAGGUUGUCCUGAGAAUGCUCAGUCUCCUGUUCUUGUUUGGAUCUGUUCUUGGGGAGGGUGGGGUUUGGGGAGGCUUGACCUUGUGUAUUCGUCAAUAAACCCAUUUACACAAAAUAAA